UCCCCGGUCGGGCGCAUGCUGGUUGGGGAUAAAGCCGAGUGCCAUUCGGUCAUGUGAUUCCUGCUUCUUUUUUUUCUCCUUUUUUUCUUUCCUCCUUCGGAGUUGAAAGGCAGGAGGAGCAGACGCGGCGGAGGGGGCCCACUUUACCUUUACUACUGGACGUGGAUGCAACGUUUUCGUCCAACUUUCUUUUUCCCCUCCAACACAAUAUUUGUUUUUUUUUUCUUCACGAUGGCGGGAGCUAUUAUUGAAAACAUGAGCACCAAAAAGUUGGUGAUAGUGGGGGUUAUUCUGCUUUUGUUCCAGGCGGCUGCCUUCAUGGUCGGCGGUUUGAUUGCUCCGAGCACCACCACGCCGGUUCAGUACUUGGCCACCAAGUGUGUGGACACAACCAAACAUCGACAGGAAGCCAAAUUGUUCAUGCCUUGGGGUCCCGACCAAUGCGAAAAGAUCCGCACCUUCGAUGAAGCCAUGGCCAAGAAGAUUGAGGCCAACAACAUUGUGUUUGCCGUCCACAUUCCUCUGCCCAACAAGGAGAUGAGCCCCUGGUUCCAGUUCAUGCUGGUCAUCCUGCAGUUUGACAUCGCGUUCAAGAUGUACAACCAGAUAGAGGACGGAGCGAUGGCCACCAUCGACGUGAGCCUGGCCUACAGAGACGACAUGGUCAGCGAGUGGACCGAGAUGGCUCACUCUUUUGAACAGAGGAAGCUCAGCUGCAACUUCACUGCUGCCAAGACCUUUGAGAAUGAGGGACGUUACUACGAGUGUGACCCACUCCCUUUCAUGGAGGUCGGCAGCGUGGCCCACAAGUACUAUCUCCUCAACAUCCGGCUGCCGGUCAAUGAGCGGAAGAAGGUCAACGUGGGGAUCGGAGAAAUCAAAGACAUUCGUCUCGUUAGCAUCCACCAGAAUGGAGGCUUCACCAAAGUUUGGUUUGCCAUGAAGACAUUCCUCACACCCAGCAUCCUCAUCAUCAUGAUCUGGUACUGGAGACGGAUCACCCUCAUGAGGAGACCUCCUGUGCUGCUGGAGAAGGUAAUCCUGGCUCUGGGUAUCUCCAUGACCUUCAUCAACAUACCAGUGGAGUGGUUCUCUGUUGGCUUCGACUGGACCUGGAUGUUGCUCUUCGGGGACAUCCGGCAGGGCAUCUUCUACUCCAUGCUGCUCUCUUUCUGGAUCAUCUUCUGUGGGGAGCACCUCAUGGACCAGACGGAGAGGAACCGUUUCUCAAUUUACUGGAAGCAGGUCGGACCCAUUGUGUUCGGCUCCUUCUGCCUUUUUAUCUUUGACAUGUGCGAGAGAGGAGUCCAGCUGACCAACCCCUUCUACAGCAUCUGGGCGUCUGAUGUAGGAACUGAGCUAGCUAUGGCGUUCAUAAUCGUGGCAGGGAUCUGUGCCUGUCUCUACUUCCUCUUCCUCUGCUUCAUGGUUUUUCAAGUCUUCCGCAACAUCAGCGGUAAAAGGACGUCCCUGCCCGCCAUGUCCAAGGCCAGGCGGCUGCACUAUGAGGGACUGAUUUUCCGGUUCAAGUUCCUCAUGCUGGUCACUCUGACCUGCGCCGCUAUGACCGUCAUCUUCUUCAUCAUCAGUCAGGUGAAUGAGGGCCACUGGCACUGGGGAGAGCACACUGUGGAGGUGAACAGUGCCUUCUUCACCGGCAUCUACGGCAUGUGGAACCUGUACGUCUUCGCCAUCAUGUUCCUCUACGCACCGUCUCACAAGCGCUACGGCGACGAUCAGUCAAGUGGUCAGUGCAUCACGGGAGAUACUGGAGCAAACAGCGGAGAGGACAUCCAGCUGACUACUACCAUCACUCAUGUCGAUGGCCCCACUGAGAUCUACAAGAUGACUGGCAAAGAGGCCCAGGAGUAGAAGUCACCCCGGUGUUGGGACUCUCCUCUGCUACCUACUGCUCCAACAAUCCCCUCCCUCGUGUGUGUGUGUGUGUGUGUGUGUGUGUGUGUGUGUGUGUGUGUGUGUGUUUUCUCUUUACAUCUCUGGGCUACAAAAUGGCACCAACAACCCGGUUUGUAUGCAAUUGACCCGUCCCACAUUUUCUUUCUCUUCCUACAGAAAAACUCUCCGCUAUGUAACGUGUAAUGUGGCACCCUGAUCGCAAUUGUUUAUUUCAAGACUGAACAUUAACAACACUUCAAUUCAGUCCGUUUCAUUUCGCAGUGGAAUACUUUUUUUUUUACAUUUCAUUCUUUGUGUAAACCGUCUGUUUGUGUAAAUAUUGCACACUGCUUUUGACACCAAAGUAAAGGAGAUUAGUGUAGAGAGGUUAAACAUAAUAAUUUGUUAAGACCUGGACAUUUGAAAAUGAUGGACAGACCGAUUUUGUGGAUACGUUUUAUCUACUCUAUGACUUUUUGACUAAUUGCCUGUUAUAUUGGGAGUCAUGGCUUCGUGAAUGUCACCAGUACAUAUUCUUCCAUUUAAAGUAGAUCAUGUUUAGUGCUGCUGUCAAUCUUUAAAGUGGUGGAGAUCUUUUUUUUUUUUUUUUUUUUAUAUCAUGGAGGAAAUGUUCGGACCACACAGCCACUUUUGGAAAUGCAUACUGUCGUUUAUGUUACAAUGUAGAUAUCUAUUUUUUAUAAAGUGCUCAUUUUCCACUUCAUGAAAUAUAUGCAUCAAGCGCUAUCAAUGUUUGACGUAGACUGUAGCCCAUUAUAAAUGUUUUUUUGUAAUUUAAAUAAAAACCUUUUACUUAA